AUGAAACUGGGAGUUUGGAAAAAAUUUCCGUAUAUAAGGAGGUUCUGUUCCCGAGAGAAUCAGUUUCUGCCCGUCUUCAAAGCACCGGCAGAGAGCUUCGGAGUUGCAUCUCGUAACGGAGCCCACAGAGGCGGAGCUAUAAAAGCCCAGAUCGGCUGGGAAUGGAGCAUCAGUUGGCAUCCAGCUUCCUCUUCGGCUACGCGGAGUUCCCAUCAGGUUUUCGACCCCCCAAGCAAGAAACUUCCAGCAAUGAAGAUCUUUGUGUGUCUUUUGGCUACUCUGGUGGCCACUUCGUCCGCCGGCUUCCUCGGCGGCUCUUCCGGCGGUGGCGGCGGCGGAGGCGGUGGCUACAGUUACGGAAUCGGUUCCGGAGGCGGUGGCGGCGGCUACUCUGGCGGUCACCAGGAGGUGAAGACCAUCAAGGUGAUCCAGGAGGGUGGCGGCUAUUCCGGCGGAGGCGGUGGCUAUGCCCUGGGAGGCGGCUACUCUGGAGGACAUGGCGGCGGCUACUCUGGCGGUCACCAGGAGGUCAAGACUGUCAAGGUCAUCCACCAGGAGGGUGGCGGCUACUCCGGCGGACAUGGCGGCGGCUACUCCGGUGGACACGGACAUGGACACGGCGGUCAUCAGGAGAUCAAGACUGUCAAGGUCAUCCAUGAGGAAGGACACGCUCUGGGAGGCGGCGGCUACACUGGCGGCUACUCUGGAGGUCAUGGAGGUCACCAGGAGGUCAAGACCAUCAAGGUUAUCCACGAGGAGGGCGGACACGCCCACGGCGGUGGUCAUGUCCAUGGCGGUGGCUACUCCGGAGGUCAUCAGGAGGUCAAGACUGUGAAGGUCAUCCACCAGGAAGGCGGCGGCUACUCCGGCGGACAUGGCGGUUUCUCCGGCGGCUACUCUGGUGGCUACUCCGGUGGUCAUGGAGGUCACCAGGAGGUCAAGACUGUCAAGGUCAUCCACGAAGAAGGACACGCUCUGGGCGGAGGCGGCGGCUACACUGGCGGCUACUCCGGCGGCCAUGGCGGUCAUCAGGAGGUCAAGACCAUCAAGGUCAUCCACGAGGAGGGCGGCCACAGCCACGGAGGACACGAUCACGGACACGGAGGUCAUGGCGUCGGCGGCUUCGAGGAGGUCAAGACCAUCAAGGUCAUCCACGAGGAGGGCGGCCACGCCCAUGGCGGUCACUCCCAUGGAGGCGCCAUUUCCAUCAGCAACGAGUACCUCCCGCCCAGCAACGAGUACCUGCCCCCAGUGUCCGCACCCGCUCCCGGCUACCUGCCGCCCUCGUCCAGCUGGAAGUAGGCGCUCGUCUCCGGAAAGUAUCUCACGGAUACACAUCCCCACUGUGAUUCGAACCGAUUCCGUUUCGAUGAGAGCUACUGAUCCCCCAGUUUUUUUUUUAAACCUUGUUGUUAAGUAGUUUUAGGCAAUCUAUCCUUUUUUUUCUUCCCAUCUUUUUUUUCCUGUUGAAUCCAUUUUACCUCACUUGUUACAAAAAAAAUGAAAAAAAUAUAUGCCAUCUGUAAAUUAUAAA